GUUUAAUUGUGCGUGAAUUUUAAGUCCACACCCCUCCAAUAGCAAACUUUAUAAGCACCAACCUCCCCCUCCAUCCUCACACUUAAUUUAACGUUACUCAUAUGGCUUUGCCACAGCAACAUACGGUUGACUAUCCCAGUUUCAAGCUUGUCAUCGUAGGCGACGGAGGAACUGGGAAAACCACUUUUGUCAAGAGACACAUAACGGGAGAGUUUGAGAAGAAAUAUGAACCAACCAUUGGUGUGGAGGUUCAUCCACUAGACUUCCAUACCAAUUGUGGAAGAAUUCGCUUUUACUGCUGGGACACUGCUGGCCAAGAAAAAUUCGGUGGUCUUAGAGAUGGUUACUAUAUUCAUGGACACUGUGCUAUCAUUAUGUUUGAUGUAACAGCUCGCAUGACAUACAGGAACGUUGCUACAUGGCACAGAGAUCUCUGUCGGGUGUGUGAGAACAUUCCCAUUGUUCUCUGCGGAAACAAGGUUGAUGUGAAGAAUAGACAGGUUAAAGCAAAGCAGGUUACAUUUCACAGGAAAAAGAAUCUGCAGUACUAUGAGAUAUCUGCAAAGAGUAACUACAAUUUCGAAAAACCCUUUCUAUACCUUGCCAAGAAACUUGCAGGGGAUCAGGGCCUUCAUUUUGUGGAAAUGCCUGCUCUUGCUCCCCCGGACGUAGUCAUUGAUAUAGCUACACAACAAUUGAAUGAAGAAGAGAUAUGUAGAGCGGCUGCUCAGCCUCUUCCUGAUGACGAAGAUGAUUUAUUUGAAUAAACUUUUAGGCAACAUUUGAAUAAACUUUUAGGCUUUCCAGAAUUUUCCUGAUAAAAAAGAAUGUUUUUUCAUCUGCUUUUGAUGCAUUGUAUAAUCUUGGCGGGAGAAUAGAAAGCAGAAGUAAGGGGUGGGUAGGGAUAUGUUAAGCACAUCCAUAAGCAGUAUUUCAUAGUUUUGUUCCUGCAGUUAUGCCAUGGGAUUAAGUAAUCAAUUGACUUCUUUUGUUAUUAAACUUUGGAGUGGUGUCAUACUGAAUAUAGAUUCCCCUUGCUAAUUUUUA